CCAGAAUAAGGUGCGCUCCCAUCACUUGUCCCCUCGCACACUGACCGAUAAGAUGGCGUCGGAAAACAGCCCGCAAUCCAUGCAUGACCAAACCGCUCUAAUAGAGACGGACCCAGAAGAAGAACAAGAAUGUAGCUCAAUCCCACAUCGGAGUGGAUACAAACUUACGCUUUAUCACUGGACGCAGUCUUUCAAUUCUCAGAAGGUGCGUCUGGCUAUAGCAGAGAAAGGUUUGCUCUGUGAGGAGUACGAUGUGAGCCUCCCUCUCAGUGAGCACAACGAGCCCUGGUUCAUGCAUCUCAAUCCUACUGGUGAGGUGCCGGUGCUGGUCCACCAUGGAGACAUCAUCUGUGACCCUACUCAGAUCAUGGACUACCUGGAGCAGAGUUUUAAUGAUGAGGGCACACCCAAGCUGAUCCCUGAAGAGGGCAGCACAUACUACCACAGAGUGCAGCACUACAGAGAGCUGCUGGACUCACUACAGAUGGAUGCCUACACCCACGGCUGCAUCCUUCACCCAGAGAUCACAGUGGACUCCCACAUACCAGCAUAUGCUGCCACCUGUAUACGAACACAGAUCGGAAACACACAGUCUGAGCUGAAGAAACUGGCAGAACAGAACCCAGAGCUAAAAGAUGCUUACGUAGCAAAACAGAGGCGCCUGAAAUCCAAGUUGUUUGACCACGACAACAUGAAGUACCUGAAGAAGCUUCUGGAUGAAUUGGAGAGUGUGAUGGACCAGGUGGAGACAGAGCUACAGAGGAGGGUGGAGGAAACACCAGAAGAAGGCGGUGAGUCCUGGCUGUGUGGGGACUUCUUCAGCAUGGCCGACGUCUCUCUGGCGGUCACCUUGCACCGCCUCAAGUUCCUCGGCCUCUCCCGCCGCUUCUGGGGCGACGGCAACCGCGCCAACCUGGAGACAUACUACGAGCGCGUGGUGGAGCGCCCGGCCUUCAGGAGAGUGCUGGGCCACGUCAACAACAUCCUGAUCUCCGCCGUGCUCCCCGUGGCGUUCCGCGUGGCCAGGAAGAACGCACCGGUUAUUCUCGGCACCACCCUGUUGAUCGGCGUUCUAGGCGGAGCCACGUACCUCGCUUUCCUUUACAUGAAGAAGAGGCUGACUUUUUCCAUCUGAGGGAGUGGUUGAGCUGCUUUGGGACUGAAAGGCAGAUAAAUACUGAGGGAUUUGAUGGUUCAUAAUGCGUGAAUAAAACUAAGGUUAGUUGUGUUAUUUUGGUUUCAGUGAUACCAACAAAAUGGUAUUUACAAGCUAUGUUAUUGUAACGAGUAUGAAUAAGUAAGAUGUCAAAAGAUAGAAAAUGACUUGAGAGUUUUCUGACAAUUUUGGAACCAUACAGUAAAAUAAGAUAAGGUAGAAUUUGAUCAAUCCCAAGUGACAGUGGGACAGCAGCAGAAAAUGUGCACUGCAAAAAGUGUAUUUCACCUCUCUGACAAAAGUGAUGAACAUGUCCUUAUAUCUGACUUUAAGCAUUGCAACUGUAGCAUAACAGUAAAAGCAACUUCUCACACUGUGAGAACUUAAAUCACUACUUGGAGUCUCAUCUUUUUGCCCGAUAUGUUCUAUUCGUAAUCUACUAUUUAAAUAUAAUCCAUAAUCCAAAAUACACCAGAUGCCUGCAGCCAGCCUUCUGUCAGCUAAGCAGUUAACACACUGUCGAAAUGAAAGUCUACAAGGACCAUCUUAUUCAAAACAAGCGUGAAAGUAAAUCUGCUGCGUUUCCUGUUAAUCAAAUUGAGAACGGCAUUAAGGCAUUACUCAGUGUCAUCUGGCAGACUAUCAUAUAUCCAAAAGGUAUUGUAUUAUCUGGGGUUUUCACAGGGAAACGUCUGUGAGACGUAAUCACAUUCCCAUGUUUCUGGAUGUAAAUCCACAUCUUCAGUGAUUUUGUACGCCGUGUCAGAACAACACUGACAUUCAACAUCUGCCCAGCUUUGAUUUAAACUCCUCCUCUCGUGGACUCGGCCUCACACAACACAAACACACGCUGGAGCUUUCAACAAAGUCUGGCCUUUGCUUUCCGUGUCCAGAGGGCUGCGUAGUGUAGCUGUCAAAGAAAUGCCUCACACGUGUUAAAGCCACAUGUGAGCCAAGCUGUCACAGGACCAUAAGCUCACACCAGUGUGUUAGCUCUGGAAAAUAAUACCCCUGCAAAUGGCAAACAAAAUUACAUCAUUUCUUUGCUACAAAGUAAUGUUACAAAAAGCCAUUUUAAGGGAAAAAUGUUAAAAUUACUUAUACGUUAGAAUUGUAAUUGUGUGUUUUCUCAAAAACUAAAUAUGACUAAGUCAUCCCUUUUCACAAGGUAAUCAAAUUCAUCUCUCGUGAUCAUUUGCUGAAGACUGGAUCAGUGGUGGUUUUAAAACAGAAACGUUAUGAUAAGAUACUAUUUAGUGACGCAUUAGGGGAUGUGUGGUGAAUAUUAACAAAGUCCACAUAAAGAAUAUUAGGUUGAUUUUAAAACGCAAAAGUUUGUUUCAUACAAUCAAGAUGAAUAUGUAUCAUUAACAAUACACAGUAUUGCCAUUUCAAAUUGGAAAAGAAUACCGAUUUUUCUUCUGCCAUUAAAUGUACGCUUGACACUGCAUUUGUCUGUCUGAUGAGUAUUAAAGAGUAAACAUGUCCCCCACCAGGGGACAGUGUUUACUAAAACAACACUAACCUCUGUGAAUAAAUGUGAGAAUACCGUGUU